AUGGAAGGUAAAACAAGCGUAGUGGUGCGACUUCGCUGCCGAAGCGGCAUAGCAGGCGGUCACCCACCGAGGGAAGUGGAGUCCAUCUUGUUGAGCGGGCUUCCGUGUACCGAUGCGUUGACCCUUGCGGAUGUUUUCGACGCAGCGAAACAGCCAGUACCGGUCAGCAACAACGGUGGCGUGCAGUCGGAACCGCGCCCGCACAAUGGCAUAGACGCUGGCACCUCUGCGGACCCCUUUGCCGGUCUUCGCGCCAAUACAGACGAAGCAACGCAUCAAUGUUGCACCUCCACUCCUUUGCCACAGGCUGCCGGUGACCCACGCAACGCGCUGCGCCGCUACAGCAGCAUCUUUCUCUCAUCCUCGCGCGGCGUCGCACCGAACUCGCCGGUGCGAACUCCCCCCUCCAUCAAGGGUUCCAGUCGCAGUGGUGUCCAGACGAAGCCGACCCGUUCUAUUAGCUUCACCGAUCUGGCAGAUCAAGACGGGUCACCGUCAGGGCCAGGUCGGCAGCAGCAACAGCUGCAACACGCGAAGUCGCAAAACGAGGCCUCUUCGCUUCCAAACGGGGAGACCACGGCGUAUAGAAAGUAUGCGCGCAUGCUUGGCAUAGAGCCGCAACCACCGCGCCGCAGCCUCGCGGUGCCGCACACCCCUGUCACGGGACUGCCAUCCUCCGUCUCCUUCGGCGACUCCUUCGGCUCGGGCCAGACUUCCGCCGUGUACACGCCACUGGGUGGUGCACUGCGCUUUCCGCGUCACGACAGCGCCGCCCUGUUCCACGCGUCAUCGGAAGAGAACGAGCUGACGUUGCAAGACGGUACCUUGUCCGAGCCGGCAGGUGUGAGCCGUGCGCCACGCCAGGAGCGGAGGAACGGAGAGGCGGAAAGAUACGACGAUAGGGGUGCUCCGCGUGAGCACAACAAACUGCGCAUCAUCGUGCCAGAGGUGGAAACUACGAGCGACGCUCCGCAGUGGUUCCCGGCGGCGCCGGCGCUCUCGGAGGAGUCGGAGGUGUCUUUGUCGUCCGCGAGCUGCUCUGUGCACCGCUACGGCACUGCGACGGCCCCUGCAGUUGCACCGGUCGCAGCUGCAGCGAGCGCGUCGUCGCCGACAGUGGCUCGUCACGAGUCGCUGGGCCACGUGCCAGCGUUCGAAUACGCUGGCUCGCUCCCGCCGCAGGAGCGGAGCGACACAAACUGUCACGACCUUUUUGAAAGGAAGAGAACUCCCAUCAAUCUUGACGGUGCGCCGCACGACAUCGUUUUUCCGCCGUUGCCUCCGUCCGUGUCGUCGCCCUUCACUCCAUCAUCCUCGUCGUUACCGCCAGCCCCUUUUUCCGCUGCUGUCGCUGCUCCUGCCUCUGUUGCGGCGGUUGCGCAAGAGGAGAGCAACGCGGCGCUUGCCUUUUGCUACUUGACGUCGGCGCAGCGCCGACUCAUCAAUUUUCACGAACUUUUGCGGCCGACGAUUCCACCACCGGAUGCCGCUGGGGCUGGCGCCUCCGCCUCCACUGCUCUCAGCACACCAACACCCGCGGCACCCUUCCGUUCUGCAACGAGCUCUCCACGUCCUCCUGCGGCGCUUGACCAAGUGCUGCUGAAGUUGCGGCUCAACUCGCUGCCUACGACGGUAAUCCCCACCGCUACCCCUCUUCCCCAGCCCACCACCACCGCUGCGGCUGCCCCAGAAGCGGAGCUACAUGUGCAAUCAGGGGGUGCUGAGCGUGCUUCUGCGGACCCUUUACGUGCUGCCCCUGACACAGCGCAGACGCCGCCGUCACACCCGCUGUCGAAGACCGCCUCGGAGGCCCUUGUGUCUCCUGCGAGCGCUUCUCUCGGGUCGUCCAUUCCACCUGCAGCGGCAUCGUCCUCUGUGUCGUUCACCAAAAACACGAAAGAACCUUCCGCCGUCGCUGUCCCUCGCGCCGCCGGCCACCUCGUGUCCUCUUACCGUCAAGCUCUACUGCAAAGGCGUGAUCGACAUCUACGCGGCGCGUCGGGUCCCUGCGCCACCAGCACCAGCGCUAUGGUGACACCACCCACCCUUUCCCUGUCACCGCAAUGGAGCAUGAAGUGGUCUGGUGCGGACGAGCUCGAUAUACCGGCUGCUGCUGCUCCUCAGGGGGGAGACGCACCCACUGUCGUAGCUCAAAAAGACUCCUGUGAAGAUACAUCCACCCGUGCCGUGCGGGGGCGAGGCAGCGCGGUGCCGCAGCGUGCCCACGGCCCUUUUGCGCAGCCUUCGCAGCACCCACCCAGCACUUUCCUCGCCCGCGGCGGCCACCGCUCUCCUGCGUCAUCGUCGUUGUCGCCGCAGCGCCGUCGACGCCUUCCCGCCUCCCCGCCACCACGAUUCCCAUCAGACGGAGGAGAAAGAGAACCCCAAACGGGUAGCGCCACGCCGUCCAGCGUCCAGACAAACAGCCACGGCAUCGGGGCUGGAGGGAACAAAUACAGCAACGAGUGGAGCUCGUCACCGGACUCGUCGAUGGCGCUGUCGUCGCCGCCGUGGCGCAAUGCCCGCACUCGGCCCAGCCAAAACAUUCGCUCGCCGCAGUCGCCGCCGGAGAUGCGGCCGCGAUCGUCGCGGCCGUUCAUCGGGACGCCAAAGCUCGCGCUGGAUCACCCAGGGACUGCGGUGCUGGCGUCGCCACCCGUGUUGCUCGGUGCGUCGCUGGUGGAUGAGGACGCGGAGCAAUCUUCCACUUCAAUGGCAACCUGA